GGUAGCCAAGCAUGGUACUGAAGUUAUUCUUCAAUCCCGUGUAGCUGGUGAGACUAUUCGACAAUGUUCGUGUGAAGAGCAGAGCGAGUGCGGCAAGGAGAUGAGGGCUCAGGCCAAGGAAUGCGCUGGACCGUGUUUCGCCGAGUUCGGAGCUAUCACUGAGCGGCCUAAUGAUCUCAAAAAAUGUUUCGAAGAGAAGGAUAAUAUAUUGGAAGGAUUUUUGCUGUGUUUCGAGCAGAAAAUGGAAAGCUGUGUUCCUCACAAGAAUGGACCACAAAUCCCGAAAACGGACGUCAAUGCGUUGUUUUCCAUCAGCGAACAUCGUAUCGUGAAUCAAUCGCUGGCAUUACAGUCUGUUAUCGCUCCAAUCAAGCACAUUAUGAAAGCCGCCGGCGAGUUUGCUAAGUGCAUCAAGAACUGCUUCCUAGCGAAGAACGCCAACGGCUUCUGCUUUGACCGAAAAAAUUGUCAACCUUUAGUGGCGGAGAAGAAGGCAAAGGCUUCAAUACGUCAUUGCACCAGGCAGGUGAACUGGAAGAAGGAAGCUGGCGAGUUCUGCGAAUGCACAGUGAACGCUGGGGUGAGUGAUCUGAAGCAAUAUUGUGGCAUGUUCCAACUUAUGAGCAGGAAAGCAAGUGGUCGAAGACGGUCCUAG